GCCUGUCACGUACUUUUUUAGUGCAGCCCAGCACAUGUAAAUAGGGAAGCGUCUGUGGAUUUCUGUUGUUAUCAUUUUCGUAGUGAACAUAUCCAUUUGGCCUUUAACGUUAAUUGUGCAGGAUGAGCGCGCAGCAGAUGCUGAAAGUGUUCGUCACGAGACGCAUUCCGCAGGAGGGCAUGAAAAUACUCCAAAAAGCCGGGAUGUGUAAUUUGUCAGUGUGGGACUCUGAUGAGCCUGUGCCCCGGGCAGAGCUCCUGAAGGGGGUGGCAGGUGCUCAUGGGCUUCUCUGUUUACUCUCAGACAAAAUUGAUGCUGAAGUUUUGGAUGCGGCUGGACCCAACUUGAAAGUGAUCAGCACUUUCUCUGUGGGAUUUGACCAUCUUGCCAUAGAUGAGAUAAAGAAACGAGGGAUACGAGUAGGCUACACUCCUGAUGUUUUGACGGAUACUACUGCUGAGCUGACGGUGGCUCUGCUCUUGGCCACUGCCCGACGUCUUCCCGAGGGUGUAGAGGAAGUGAAAAAUGGCGGCUGGAGUACAUGGAAGCCUCUGUGGCUGUGUGGUUACGGUCUUUCAGGCAGUACUGUUGGGGUGAUUGGUUUGGGCCGCAUAGGUUUGGCUAUUGCAAGGCGACUAAAGCCUUUUGGAGUGAAGAGACUUCUGUACACAGGCAGACAACCCAAACCUCAGGCCCAAGAGGUUGAUGGGGAAUAUGUGCCUUUAGACACUCUGGUGAGAGAGAGUGAUUUUGUGGUGGUGUCCUGUUCUUUGACUCCUGACACUCAAGGCCUUUGUGACAAAACCUUCUUCAGCAAGAUGAAGAAAACAUCAAUCUUUAUCAACACCAGCAGAGGGGCGGUUGUGAAUCAAGAGGACUUGUUUGAAGCCCUCAGCAGUGGUCAGAUUGCAGCAGCUGGGCUUGAUGUUACAACCCCUGAACCUCUGCCUACCAACCACCCACUGCUGACCCUUAAAAACUGUGUGGUUCUCCCUCAUAUUGGCAGUGCCACCUACUCCACACGUGGUGUCAUGAGUGAACUGACAGCAAACAACUUGCUGGCAGGCCUGACAGGCUCUGAAAUGCCCAGUGAGCUGAAACUGUAAUGCAGAUGCCAUAUUAUGUCAUUAUAUGAAUGGAGAAGUCAGUAGCGCAAAUCUAACUAUUUAAAUGCACUGCAUUAACUACAUGAGAUUAGAAGGGAUAAAACAUGUAUUACAAUCAUCUCACAUGGAUAAUCUUGGUCAUGACUGGAAUAAGAUGAUAUUAUUUGAUAUGCUAAACAUGCACAUUUGUUCUACUGUGAU